AUGGCCCACAAAGGAGAGCUUCCCCCCUACCAAAGGCUUAUUACCGCGCAUAACGAAGAUGGCAAGGCUGUGUUCGCAAAGAUCGACGAGGCUGGUCCAUGGGAUGGUAGCAUCAAUGGUGGCACUGUCGGCUUCUCUCUCGGCUACACAACCUCGACCACGCCAGUAGACAUGACCAACGACAAGGACAUCGCACAGUACAAGGAAUACUUAGUGUCACCACCUGGACUUGUCAACAAGCAAGGAUCUGUCCUUCGUCUAGUGGUAUGUAUAUCUGUAACACUCAUUCCACGGUCACUACUGAUCAUAUUANNGGAUUGCCCUCCUGGUUCUACAUCACCUAUGCACCGCACAGUUUCGCUCGACUAUGGUGUCGUACUUUACGGAGAGAUGGAACUGGUUCUCGAUAGCGGCGAGACCAGAGUUAUGAAGGUCGGAGACGUUGCAGUACAAAGAGGUACCAACCACGCAUGGAGAAACACAAGCGAUACCCAGUGGGCUCGCAUGAUGUAUGUUCUCCAGCCGUCACUUCCUAUCGAGAUCAACGGAAAGCCAUUAGAUGAGGACCUUGGCCCUAUGGAGGGUGUUCGUAGCUCAUCUUAG